CUCAUUCAGUUCAAAAGUUAAUCGGUCAUGUAAAACAAUCUUGAAGCAAGUGAGUCUCCAUGAUCAAAAAUUGCAGCAUAUGGUUCAAUAUAAUCAGACAUUAUUAUAAAUCAGUGCAUUAAUGCAACAUUAAUUUUUAAUUAUUCGUUCGAAUUUCAUCCAAUUUUUGGUUAGAUGAGGGAAAUUUUGUGACUCAUCUGAUAAGGGAAUCAGGCGUAUUACAAUGUUGCUUAUCUAACGAAAACAUUCUAACUUUUGAAGACAAAGUUGGUCGUAGCAGCAGCGAUCAAAACGAACAAAUAUUAAAAUUUCAAAGAAUCUCUGAGAACUUGAGAUGAAGGUGGCCAUUGUUGGAGGUGGAGUUAUUGGUUUAACGACAGCUUUGCAACUGCAGCGAGAAUUACGCAAUGCAGAAAUUACUGUUUUUGCGUCGGAUUUUGAGCAUACCGUUAGCCAUGUAGCUGCUGGAAUAUUUCGAAUUGGAUCAUCUUAUUCUGGGCCAACUGAACGAAUAACAAGAGAAUGGAUAGGGAACUCGUACGAAUAUUACGAUGACCUACGGAAGUCGCAUGAAGCUUUACAAGCUGGGGUGACCAUGAUUUCCGGUUACAUGUUCUCUAAUCUUUCACCGGAAACUGUUAAGAGUCAAUGGUUAGAAAACUUGGUGCCAAUAUACAGGAAAGUUACAGAAGAAGAAUUUCAAUUAGUCGGAGGCAAUUGGAAAUACGGAUCGUUUUUGACGACUCUUCUUACAGAUUGCAAACAGUAUCUGCCCUGGGCUCGCAAAAAAUUACAAGAGAGUGGGAUCAAAUUGAUAGUAAAGAAAAUGGAUUCCCUGGUAGAACUUAUUCCAGAGUGUAAUCUAAUUAUGAACUGUACCGGUUUGGGUGCAAAAUCAUUGUGCAAUGAUAGACGACUCGUUCCUAUACGUGGUCAGGUGAUUAAGGUAAAGGCACCAUGGAUGAAAACGUUCUUUUAUGGAGAAUUAGACACUUACAUUAUACCAGGUUUCAAUGGCGUGGUUACUCUAGGUGGUUCAAGAAGCUUUGACUCGGAGAAUACAAAACUAUGUCCUUACGAGUCAAAAGCAAUUCGUGAACGAUGUAAUAAAUUCAUUCCAGCUCUCAAAAAGGCCACUGUCUUGCACGAGGAAGUUGGUUUGAGACCACACAGGGAAAAUAAUGUUAGAGUGGAAGCUGAGCACGUUACAAACGGACUCUUCAGGGCAAUCGUGAUACAUAAUUAUGGACACGGUGGAUACGGAGUUUGCACCGCUCCGGGGACUGCUAAGUAUGCUGUGCAAUUGGCUAAGGAAGUGCACAAGUCCUCCGUUGCAAAACUAUAAUCGCAAAUUAGGGGUUGCAAGAACUUUGACAAUAAUUAAAGGCGAUCUCAUAACCAGUAAUCCAAGCGAGACAGACUGAUUUCGUCAAAUAUAAAAUUGGGUAUUAAGUAGAAAA